AUGAAGUUCGCUCUCAUCAGCACAGUGAUCUAUACCGCCACUGUUCUUGCCGCUCCUGGAGCCAUUUCGCUCAGCCGUUCCUUCAAGACCAUUUCGGUGCGCGAUGACAACAAUGUCGAGGGUACUAGUCAUAUUGCCUGUGUCGAGUGUCCAUGCGAAGGCUUCUCUGGCGACUGUAAAUGCGUCAACAAUGGUUGCUGCUGUGAUAUGACAAACCCCGGACAACCGCCUGCAGGUGGCUGGUAG